ACACAUCCAGGGCUCAGCAACCGAGGAGGCAAUCCCCUGACGUUGCAAGGACAGGAUAAGGUAAGACCGCCAAGAAUGAUAGGGGGACAACCCCUACACAUCCAGGGCUCAGCAACCGAGGAGGCAAUACCUUGACGUUGCGAGGAUAGGAUAAGGUAAGACCGCCAAGAAUGAUAGGGGGACAACCCCUACACAUCCAGGGCUCAGCAACCGAGGAGGCAAUCCCCUGACGUUGCAAGGAUAGGUUAGGUAAGACCGCCAAGAAUGAUAGGGGGACAACCCCUACACAU